UUCAGUUAUAAAAAAUGGCUGCACCUGCUCUUAAAGAUCUUCCAAAAGUUGCUGAAACCCUCAAGAGUCAGCUUGAAAGCUUUGAUACUGAAAAAUUGAAGAACGCCAAUACUCAGGAAAAAAUUAUUCUACCUACAGCCGAGGAUGUAGCCGCUGAAAAGACUCAAAAGUCUUUGUUUGCUGGUAUUGAGUCCUUUAAUCCAUCCAAAUUGAAACAUACCGAAACACAAGAGAAAAAUCCAUUGCCAGACAAAGAAGCCAUUGAAAAGGAAAAGGAGAAGAAUGACUUCAUUGCUGGCAUUGAGAAUUUCGAUUCCAAAAAGCUGAAACAUACCGAGACAUGCGAAAAGAAUCCCUUGCCAACCAAGGAGAUCAUCGAGGAAGAAAAGAGAGGUUAAAGUCAUCAAUGUCGUCGUCUCAUCAAUCAAUCAUCAUAUCUGCGCAUGCGUACAUGAUGAUUGCCGCAGCGCAGGUGCUGUAGCAAAACUCAACGGCCGUACCAGUAGCACUUUACCACUCACAUUGCAGAACUGGAUGACGUAUUUUUUACUCAUUCCUAAUAUCUAAUAUUACUGAAAGACAUACUUUACUUUGUAAAAGCAUUUAUAAUUUGCGUACAUACACAUAUUUAUAUAUCGAAAAACAAAUAACAUUUUCAUACAAAAUUUU